AUGAUUGUAUAUUUGGCUCAAGUUGUCAACCUGAUAGCUUCACUGAUCCAGAAUUUUAUUGUUCUUACGUCUGCUGUGGGUCAGGUGAUAGUUGUAUUGAUAACAAAUAUAUCAAGUAUAAUUAUAAAAAGUAUUGGAAGUGUACUGUUAUUUUUUCAAAUAAUUUAUGAAGACAAUAAAAAUAUUUUUACGGAACAAUUGCCUAAUAUGGCAAACGAAAUGUUCGAUGCAAUAUAUGGACAAAGUUCGCACCUUCAGAAUAUUUUACUUAGCUCUUACGAGGAAUUAAUAUUUAAGCUUAGUACAAUCUUAAGCAGUAUAAAGUGGACGUUUGGUGCAGUGUUUAUUGUUUGUCGUGACGUUCUGUUGAUUUUGAAAAAGACAUUAAUAUUUUUUGGUGAUACAUUGUGGCUUUUGCUUACAUUUGUGCCUGUGCAUUUGCCCUUAAUUUUAAAGACCUUUAUUGUGUAUGUUAAAGAUUUAGUAGUUAGUAAUGUUAUCGAUGGAUAUAUGGAAUUGCUUAGAGUAACGAAUUUUUUAUCUGAUGUGCCUUUGGAAUCAUUCAUGGGCUUGAUCACAGCCAUUAUUAUAACUCGUUCCUGUAUACAUUUUAGAUCAACUAUUCAAUAUCAAAUAACUAAUGUUUAUUGGAUAACUUUGAGAAAGAUAAUGUAUUUGUAUUACUCCAUUUAUAACUACUUCACUGAUCCCGAAGGGCGUAUUAUAAGUCAAUUGGUUGGUGGUCAGCCUAUUGUGUCUAGGGAUAUAAAUGUUUUGGACAACCCCGAUGAUCCGAAUGGUGCAGAUGCUUUAUGUGUUAUAUGCCAGGAACGUCAGAAGUGUGUCUUGACGCUACCCUGUCGACAUGUGUGUCUCUGUACUGAAUGUUGCAUGAGGUUGUAUGACUACCAACGCACAUGCCCUGUAUGUAGAACAUUUAUAUAUCACUCUGUUACUGUUUAUUUAUGA